AUGAACUCGCAUAAGGAGAACGAAGCAUGGAAAGAAGCCACUGUCGUCGAAGACCGCAACUUUCGACCCACGAAGGCGAACGGUGGGCGACGCAAAGCCCCCUUCUAUAAGGUCAUGCAAGGCAUGCCCAUAGCCGUGGAUGCCUUCCGCUAUGGCACAAUACCUGGAGUUACAGCGUACUUCUUGACACAUGCGCAUUCGGACCACUAUACUAACCUGUCCAGCAACUGGAAGAGCGGGGCCAUCUACUGCUCGGAAGGUACGGCGAAUUUGAUUGUUCACAUGCUUCGUGUCGACCGCAAGUGGGUCCAUGCGCUCCCCAUGGACGCUACGACUGUAGUCCCGAACACGGGAGGUGUUACCGUUACUCUCAUCGAGGCCAAUCACUGUCCUGGCUCAUGUCUGUUCCUCUUUGAAGGGCAGCAGACCGUCAACGCUGGCGAUAGCGCGUAUAAAUCCACCUUCGUCGGCUCAAAGCGCAUAUUCCGGUACCUGCACUGCGGCGACUUCCGCGCUUCGCCGCAGCAUGUGAUGCACCCGGCAGUGCGCGGGAAAAGGAUAGACACCGUCUACUUAGACACGACGUAUCUCGACCCUAAGUAUUGCUUCCCGCCACAGAGCGAGGUCAUCUCCGCGUGCGCGGAGCUUGCCAGGCGCAUCGUUCUGGACGAGUCUUCGCAUGUGGACACGGCGAGGAAUUCCCGUGUGGACGACUUCUUUAGCGUGCAUGAGAAGCCGAAAGAGAAAGAAGUAGCGAAAACUGAAAGAACACUUGUUAUAGUGGGAACGUACUCCAUCGGAAAGGAGCGUAUCGUCAAGGCGAUCGCAAAGGCCCUACAGACUAAAGUUUACAGCGACUCGCGCAAAACCGCUAUCCUUCGCUGUCAAGCCGACGCCGAGCUCGACGCCCUGCUCACCUCUGAUCCCCUCCAAGCGGGUGUCCACCUGCUACCACUCGGUGCAAUCAGCUCAGAUAAAUUGAAGGCGUAUAUGGAACAAUGGAACGGCCAUUGGACGAGGGCAAUCGGAUUCAGGCCGACUGGGUGGACCUUCACCCCGUCCAAAGGGUCCGAUACUUCGCCGUCUAUACCCUCUGUUAUUGCCAAGUCCCAGGUAAAAUUGUUCACAUUCGCCGACAUCAGUGCGUCGAAGAAUUCUACGCCAAACUUGCAGCUGUACGGCGUGCCGUACUCUGAGCACAGCUCGUUCUUCGAGCUUACCUGCUUCGCGCUUUCGUUUGAUUGGGGCCGGAUGAUUGCUACUGUGAACGUUGGCAGCGAGGUGUCGCGGGGGAAAAUGGCGAAGUGGGUUGAGAGGUGGGAAGCGGAGAAGAAGAGACGGGGGAAGGUGGAAGUUGUUCAAUUUAGAUCUCCGGAAUACUGGUGA